GGUUAGUUUGUAGGACUUGAUGAUGAUGGUGAUUGACUCACAACACAUACAUACACGCGUAUUUCUACUUGAUUUGUUUUUUUGUUUGGCUUUUUCUGGAUUGACGAUCUCCAUGUAACAUUGUUCUCCCCCCUGCCCUUCUUAAACCAAAAUUAAAAAAAAAAAAAAACACUAUUCAAUCUGCAAUGUCAUCAUCAUCCAUCAUCAUCAGCCCCACGAAUAUCGUGCAAUCCAACUGAAUCAACCAAGCCAUACGCAGCUUAGCCAUGAGCAGUUCACCACAACCACCACUCCAGUCGAGCUCACCGAUCACUCAGAAUGAGUUGGACUCAUUCAGGAACGAAUGGAUCGAAGAAGUCAACAGAACUACCACCAGCACUUCAGCAUCAGCAACAACAGCAUCAACAGCAUCAACAGCAACAACAGCAAUACUCCAACCUCAGCCCAGAAGCAGCACAUCCAAACUGACAGUCGAGCAGCAACCCAUAACAGCAACCGAACCCCCUCCUCAGUCACCCCUGAUCAUCUACGCCCGGGCGGUAUACUACGAGCGAACUGGACUACUAGAUGAUGCAUUGGUUGAUUAUCGGAAAGCUUUAAGACUAGAGCCCAACAUCGACCGGGCUUACCACAAGUUAAAAGCAGAAGAGAUCGAAGCACUCGAACGACGCUGGAUCACUACUGAGAACCAUUCAGACCCUUCCUUCCGCUUCUCUCGUUCCUUUCACACCGAACAAGACUCACAACAUACCCAUUAUCCAUCAACCAACCCGGACCAACUCGGAAAACGAAGCCAUAAAAUAAAUGAACUCGACCCUGAUAAACCGGCCUCCUCGGAUUCUGAGCAUCCAAGUAGUACCGCCAGGUUGCUCAACUAUCUCAUCUCAAGCUUCGAACAUCAUCCCUGGCAAAGAAAUCCCCCAAAUGAGGAGUCGGACGUUGGUCCGGAUCAGGAUCCUCAAUCUGAGGCUAUCAACAGCUCAGACGGGCAAGAGGGCCGAUCGGUGCGCCUGGUCGACGAACAAUUAUCCAAUCUAGAGAUCGAGUCCGCCGAUGAUGAUGAUGAUGGAGGAGCUGAAGGAUCGAGCUCAAAACGGGCAAGACCGACGGGGAACAGUGUGCAGUUCGAGCGCCAAGAGAUAGAGACAGGAUGUCCGAUCGAGAGUCUGCCCGCGGAGCUGUUCAACGACCACAUCCUGAGUGUCCGGGGAUUCCGUCGCGCAACGAUCCAUCUGCUCGUCGGGACCAUCGAGACCUUCGCCCGGACCAGUCGGCGCGCAAGGCUCCUCACCCUCGGCUCCUCCGUCUGGCGCCAGAUCUGUCUCUCUACUUACGCCCACGAUCUCUUCGUCAAUCGUGCCCUUGACAUCAACCCUGCCGAGAAACUUAACCUCGUCGAAUCCCUCUGUCGCAAAUCUCAUGCUCAUGACUGGAGGAGAAUGUAUAUCGAACAACCGCGUCUCCGAUUGGAUGGGUGUUAUAUCUCCUUGGUCAGGUAUCCCAGACUAGGAGAAUCGGCCAACCCAUGGUACACUCCGACGCAUUUCGUGACCUAUUUCAGAUACCUGAGGUUCCUAGAAGAUGGGCGAUGUUUGUCGUUUACGAGCACGGAAGAGCCGAGCCAAGUAGUCCGCAGUCUGGGCUGGCCGAAGACCGGAGGAGGAGGAGGAGGCGGCGGAACUGAGAGUGUUGGAGGAGGAGGGACGAGUGGGAACAUGACGAAUAUGGGCGGUGGCGGUGGUGGUGGGACGGGAGGGAAGAGCUUAGACGGUCUGUUGUUCGGAUUGUGGUCGAUCGAGGACGAUCGCGUCAGGCUCUUCAAGCUCCAUCAGGACCCCAGACGGCUCCCCUCUCGUCGGCUGCUUCCUCCCCCCCUCGACAGACACGUCGGAAGGGCUAACUACGAGUUCGAAAUCGAGGGAAGACUGCGGUCUACUCGGCGUGGGAAAAUGAACAAGUUAGACAUCAUCCGCCUCUCGACGCUCAAUUUAAACACCGGAGAACGGCUGGACAUCCCGCUCCCAGCGACCGCAUCGGGCACCACCGACGGCUCGUUCUCCGACCAUUCCACCAAUCCCCAUAUUCUUGCUGACUCUUCUUCUUCCUCAUCGCCCUCCCCCGCUUCGACUUCUUCGCCGCAGUCAUCUACUAAACCUUUCAUCUUCUCUCGCGUGGUCGCUUAUGAUCAUUCCUGAUUAAUUCUUUUUCCUGUUUCUUUGUUUGUUUCAUUUUUUUUUUUGGGGGGGGGGGGUUUCUUCUUCUUUAGAUUUGCUUCAUUGUUUUAUCAUCGCAUAUAAAUAUCAUGAUUGUUAUUAUUAUUAUUAUCAUUGUUGUUGAAUAUAUAUUGACUACUACUAGUACAUGCACUUGACCCCCCUUGUCAUCAACUUGUACAACAUAUAU